CUAGAACCUUGACAAAAACAUUGUGUUACUAAAGUAUAUAUAGUCCAUUCAUAUUAAUGACGUAAAGUCACAUUGAAAUGUUAAAAUUAUGAUAAACAUAAUCAAUAUUCAUAUUGUUAAUAUAUGUAGAAUGUAUGUAGAUGGGGCAAACUAUUUUUUCACUUUUACAAUUUUCAUAUAAUUUUUUUUUUCUAUUAUCUUGUUUUUUUACUUGUUUUUAUACUUGUUUUCCUUGCAACCAAUCACGAUUAUGUAAUAUCUUCAAAUUUUAAAAGAAAUUAGAAAUCUGUGUUUUGCAAUUGUUAUUUAUCUAAUAAUUAAAUUAUGCCAAUUGAUAUAGUGAAAAUAAUACAAAAAAUUAUUUCUAUAUAGAGACAACACUGUAUUCACGAUAGCACUGUCUUUUUGGGACUGUGCUAAAUAUAGAUUUCACUAGGGUUGCCAUCCGUUCGGUUUUCUCCGGAUUUAUCUUAGUUUUCUGGGAACAUCCGAAGGAUUUUUCAAAGUAGUCCGGAUUUUUUGAAGGCGUGGCACAAGGCAAUGCGCGUCGCAUUAUCAGGCAGAACGACUAAGAUUAUUUAAAUUGCCAAACACGACCAUAAUUGUCGGAAUCUUAGGGCGUCUGGAUCAUUGACAGUGAAAAAAAUAAUAUUGUAGUAUUACAUUAUUACUACAAUAUUAUUGAUAAUUUUUAAUUAAUAAUAAUAAUUAUUAAUAAUAUUAUUGAUUAUUAAUGAUUAAAAUAAAAAAAUAUUUUAUUUUUAUCGCUUUAUCAAUUGCAAUAAUUUCACAUUAUGAAUAUCCGGAUUUCAAUUGGAAAAGUUUGGGGUUUUAAAUUUUUCAGUCCUAGAUCUGUAUAAUUACAGAUGGCAGCCCUAAGUUUCAUGAAUAGGUUUUAUUAUUUUGGAUAUACCGUUUUUGCAUUAUAGUAAUUCUAUAAUAUUAGACUUUUUUUUAAUUAUCUAAUCAUGCCAUAGUUAACGAUUUUAACAUAUUAUUAUAUAAAGAUUUUAUUUUAAAUCGUGCAUUUUUGAGUUUAAUUAUAUUCAUUCGAAUUUAUCAAGAAACACAUCUGGUAAUAACAUAUUGUAAUCUCAGUGUUGAUGAAGACCUUUAGGUCAUCUUCGCGCAUGUUUAACUUUGAUAGAACUAUCUCAAUAAGUUAUUAAUACUUAUUUAUAUGUAUAAAGUGCAGGUCCAACAAAAUUUAUGCGAGAGCAGUGGAUUAUCUUUUAAACAUUUAAUCGAAUGCAUAAUAUUAUUUUGCAUUAAAAGCACAUCACGUUACAUAACACGAUAAAUAUGUUUAUAUUAUUUUAAAAAAUAUGCAAAUAGUCACGAAGUUAGUCACUCGCAUAUCUUUUCGAUUAAAAAUAAUAAUUUUUCUUUGACAGCAUAAAAACACAGAGUAGAUUAAUUAAAAAAUACUUUGUUAUUUGACGAUAAGAAAAUGGAAUAACUCGCGUCUAUGUCUAUGCUGUAUUAAAUCAAUAAGUCAGGUUUCCUUAGCAUACGUAUAUAUGGAAGUGACAGCUUAAAUUCAUGGAAAAUUAUUUUAAUGCGUGUAAAUUUGCAAUUUAAAAAACACAUUUUAAAUUUCCGGUACACUUAUAAAAUAUUUUAAAACGUUGAUAUAUAAGUAAGAUAUACGCGAUAUUUUGUGUGCAUGUAAUUAGUUAUUUUAAGAAAUGUCUAUUAUUUCGAAUGAACAUAAUUGUUUGGUCGAAACUUCACAUCUCGAUUCGCAACAAACUGCGAAAAUGCAAUCGAGUCCUGCGAUGGACCGCGGAGAUGGAUGCGGUGAUAAUAUCGAAAAACCUCCGCUCUAUUUACCUCAGCCCGAGGAUGAUUAUCCAUCGAAGCCGGAAUGCUCGAUGGAACCAGUUGGUCCAUGUGCUACAGGUUGUGAGACGUGUUCUACUAAAGGUGGAAUCACAGGUUUGAGAGCAGUUGCGGAUCAAUAUUCCAUUACUCGUUAUGGACCAAGCGAAUGGCGGGCGUAUAAUUUAAAUAUUUUUCAGCAGUCGAAUGAGAAAAUUUUUGAUGCUCAAGUCACUAUCAACAAUGCCAAGGAAUGCGUAAAACAAACGUAUGCAGCAGCUGAUAAAACGCAAUUAGAGACGACGGAACAUUUAAAAACGCGGGCUAACGUGGUCUAUCGUUGGAAGGCGGAAUUGGAACAUGCGAUCGAUGCCAACGUGGAAGAAAUAAGAUUGUUGGAGGCUGAGCGUCGUCGAAUACAACGAUCUUUGUUAAUAUUGACCAUUCCAGAAUCUAUCGCAAACGAGUUUCUGCAAUUACGCUCCUUUCGCUUGGAGUCGGAUCUCGUCCGCGAUAACGUCGAGGAGCAACUAAUGAAGGAAAUAGCGCUUUGUUGUGAGAUACGAAAUUUAUUAAAUAGAACUUACGAACAGGUCGAGACGCAGAUGAUUGAAUUAAAGACUGUUAAGGCGCGGAUGGAAAACGAUUGGUCUGAUAAACUUCAUACUUAUAAUAUAGACUCCUUAUGUGUGAAUUUAACUAACGAUUCUCCGCUUCUGUUGUGGAAAGCUGGAGUUACGAGAAUUCCAGCCGAUCAAUCCACUCCUAUGAGUUAUGAUGAAUUCACGCGAGAAGCACUAGCCGCCGGCGAGAAUGCUAGAGAAAGAUCCAUAAAUUUAAGAGCGACUUUGAACAAAAUAUAUAUUAAUUCCGUUAAAGAUCUACGCGAUCAAGCAACUUGCGUUGACAUCGCACUUAUGGAAAACGUGAGAGUUACGCAAGAUUGUCUUCAACAAUUAGAGAAGGAAUUACUUCGCUGCUUGAAUGAAUUAGGGAAUACAGAAAAGUUGAUUGAAGAACUUCGAGAUUCAACGAAAGGAUUAAAUAAUGCCAUGAAAUUAGCACAAACGAGAUUGGAUAAUAGAUUGAAUCGAUGGAAUAUUGAAAGUUGUCGAGAUGCACCUCAAUUUGCCCUUAUUGAAGAAGUGAAAUCUCUUGGCGAACGCACUUCCGCUAUAUUGACAGAAUUAAAACGCGCUGAGGAAUCUCAAGCAAAAUUAGUCGAGACAAGAGCUAUCCUUGAACAUGAAAUAAUGAUAAAACGGAAGACCUUGUAUAUAGAUAAAGAACGCGGUCAGGUACUGCGUUCAUUCUUUCCUUCUAACACGGACUUGUCUGGAUUUUGAAUAAAAAUUGAACAUAUAUACAAAAUGUCAUAGUUAUCGAUUUAAAUUUUUUCCAACUACAAAUAUUAUUUGGGAUUUUAUUAUGUGUUAGCGCAUAUAUUAUUUAUGUGCGCACAGUAGGAGU